AUGAAAGAAAGGAUGCAAGAUGAAGGUUUGGAGAUGAGAGCGAGAAGAGAGGACAGAGAUAACCUGAUGCAGGGAUAUGUCUACUCUGAAGAGCAGUCUGAGAGUGAGAGAUUGAGGGAAGAAAGGAGAACCAAGAAGAGGAAUGAUCCAUUAGUAGUGAGAGUGAGCAAGGAGUUUGAAAUUGGAGUGAACCUUGUUCAAGAGGAGGGAAAUGGUUCUCCAAAUGAAGGAGAAGUGAUGAGACUGAGAGUGAAGAGGAAGGAGAAGAGAUGUGGAGCUGGUCCUCAAGAACAUGCACUUGGCCAAGUUCUUCUCUACCACAUGGAAUCCUACAAGGAGCUCACUUGCGAGUUCUAG